GGUGGGAUGUUGCGUCUGAGCUGCCGAUUAUACUGAUCAGAGCCGGAGCUACGGUGCAGUGACAGUCCACAGGAAGACACACACACUCACACUCACACACACUCUGACACACACGCACACACACACUGAGCGCAAGCAGGGAGAGGAGGAACACGCGGAUGCGCACUAGAAAUGAUCCGCUCCUAGACUAUGGCACCGUCGGGCUCGCGUAGUAUCAAGCGGGGCUGUCAGAGAGUUUUGUACUGGAUCCCGGUCCUCUUCAUCGCCCUCAUAGUGGCCUGGUCAUACUACGCGUAUGUCCUGCAGCUGUGCAUAGAAUCCAUUGAAGACACAGGAAAAAAGGUGGUGUUCUUGCUGGUGUACCAUGCCAUCUUCAUCAUGUUUGUGUGGGCAUACUGGCAGACCAUCUUCACCAGUCCCAUGAACCCCCUGAAGGAGUUCCACCUGUCCUUCUCUGACAAGGAGCUGCUGGAGCGUGAAGAUCGUGGAGAGUCCCAGCAGGAGAUCCUGAGGAGGAUAGCCAAGGAUCUGCCCAUCUACACCCGCACCAACUCCGGAGCAAUCCGUUUCUGUGACCGCUGCCAGCUGCUGAAGCCUGAUCGAUGUCACCAUUGUUCAGUGUGUGAUAAAUGCAUCCUGAGGAUGGAUCACCACUGCCCCUGGGUGAACAACUGUGUGGGAUUCUCCAACUACAAGUACUUCAUGCUGUUCUUGGCGUAUUCGCUGCUCUACUGCCUUUUUAUUACUGCUACAGAUCUUCAAUACUUCAUUAAAUUUUGGAUGAACGGCCUCCCAGACACUCAGGCCAAGUUCCACAUCCUCUUCCUCUUCUUCUCGGCCUCCAUGUUCUCGGUCAGCCUCGCCUCUCUUUUCAUCUACCACUGCUGGCUCGUGUGCAGGAACAGAUCCACACUUGAAGCUGUACGGGCACCGGUGUUUCGUCACGGCAUAGACAAGAACGGUUUCAGUCUGGGCUGCAGUAAGAACUUCCGCCAGGUCUUUGGUGAUGAAGCUAAGUACUGGCCUAUUCCCAUUUUCUCCAGUCUAGGAGACGGCUGCUCGUUCCCGUCCUGUCUGGUGAAUGUGGACCCUGAGCAGCCUUUCUCACCCACAGGCUCCAACCCUGCUAACAAGGGUGCAGCAGAAGGCCGCCAGUUCCCCUCCAAACCUCUGAGGGAGAGCCAGAGUCGACUGCUCGCCAGCACCCCCUCCUGGACAGACAGUGACAGUGCAGCUGACAAAGAAAGGAAAGGUGCCAGCAACCAAGGGAUGACCAUUGAACACGAGGCAUAACCAGUUGGAGUCGGAACCUUCAAUUCAAGACAAGGUCUCUGCUGGACCCCUUCUGUGUUUGUGCCUAUCAGAACAGGACGUGCUUGUGACAUCGCCGGCAUUUGGUGUUUUCCAUAUUGCGCCACCUUCUUCUGAGAGGUUUAAACGGGAGAAACCAACACGUAUUAUCAUCAGUGUCCCGGUUACUGAAUUUAUCUGCUGCUAUCUGGACGCAUUUGGGUGGAUUCAAAUGAAAACUGCAUUCCAACAAUCCCAUUUUCUUUUGUUUCUGUAUGAAUAAGCACAGAGCAGCGUUAAAGGAAGAGAUGUUUUGCACUUUGAAUACUAGUAGCUUUUGUAUGUUACAGUUUUAUGUUAAUUUAAUAGCUUAGCACUAGGGUUGCAAAAUUCCGGGAAUAUUCAAAGCUGGAAACUUUCCAUGGGAAUUAACAGGAAUAUAUGGGAAUAUACAUGAAUUAACGGGAAUAAACAGGAAAUUGUGUGGGUAAUUUAUGCUAACUGUAUUAACCUUGGCAUAUACAGACAUAAAUAUAAACAUUUUGUUUUGUCUUAGGCUGAUUUGAGCCCUGAGGCAACUUUGGGCAUUUAACUAUAUACUUCUGCAUCUUUGUGUCAUUCUUAACAUUGGUCAUUGCACAGUAUUUGCAAAUGUACAGAGCCUUUCCUUCUACAUUGGCUGGGGUGAAAUGUCUCUACACAUGAGAGUGCACGUGGAAUUGUUCUGUAGAAUAAGAUGAGAAAAAAGCUUGUAAAAAAACACUAAAGCAAUGCCAGAAAUAUAAAUAGCUGGCCAAUUGAAAUCGUCUUUAAAAAUAUGUUCUAAUUGAUGGAUAAAUGAAUAGAAAGAGGCUAGAUGAACAGAUGAACAAUCCUCAAUCAGCAUGCUUAUAUAUUUCCCCCAGUAAUAUCAUCGAAACUUACCUGACUAGUCCUGCACACUACAGCAGGCCUCAAUAGCCCUGCUGUAGUGUGCAGGAUGCUGGGAAUUAUCUGUGCAUGUGAUGGAGAAAUGCACAGUGGAGGGUUGAAAUUCAACGUGCAGCGUGUGCUGCCUUCCAUACAUCUAAAAAAUAGAGCUUUGAAUGAUGUUUUUAUUGCUCAGCGUUUCAUUUAUGUAUUUUUUUUCUUCCAAAUUCCCAAAAUUCCCGAGCUUAAUAAUCCCAUGGAAAGUUUCUGGGGAGUUUCCGGAAAUUUACCGAAAAUUUUCCGCCCUUUUGCAACCCUACUUAGCACAUUAGUAAAUGCUUUUAUAAGUUUGCCAAACAUUUGCACAGUAAUUAUAGAGUAGUGAUGGUGUUGAUACAAUGUAAAAACAUUCCUUCAGUCUUUGUUUUUACGUUUUUUUGUAGAUUUAUUUUGCCACCUGACAUAUUGUGUUGUGGAAAUGAUGCAUGCUCUCAUCUUAGGAUGUCAACGCAAACCCUGUUUGUUGUAGUGAACAGUACGAGAUGCUUUCCCCGUUUUGCUUGAAAACAAAAAAAAGAAGUAAAGUCAUUAGUAAGUACACGUUUGAUUAAGGGCUCUUCUGAAUGAUUAAAGCAUGAGUGAGGAUGUGGCCAUCACAUUAAACCUCCACCCUGCCCCCUGUGGCGGACACUCGCUACACGUCAGCCUGCCGGAUGAAAAAAAGCUCCUGCCUGACUGUUGGGGGUUCUGUGGGGUCAGCUCACCGGCUGCCAGCGAAUAAGAAACCUCGGUGUGAUGGUGCUGCGGAUCUGUUCAAACGGAAAUGAGAAAAUACUUUACCAUCCUUAAAAAAAUACUUCAAUAGGUAACACAGAAAGGAAUGAAGUUUGUUCCGCUUUAAGUUAUACACACACAAUCGCACAUUUUAAUUUGAAUAAACCUAAUCAAUUUGUGUGUUACCAAUUGCAGUCAUUUUUUAAGUUGGUCCAACAUUUUUCCUUUUCCAGAGCGCCAUCAAAAAGCAGAUCGUUAUGGGUGUUUUUGUUACACACAACAUUGUGGAUGUACUUCAGAAAAAAACAAACAAGAAAAACCAGUUCCAGCCACUUUGAACAGUAUUUUCACCUUUUGACGAUUCUGUCUUUCCCCCAGCUGGAAACAAAAAAAAAAAACUGAACAUUAGUUUAAAGAAUGUGUGCUUGUUUAAAAAAAAGCUUCAUGGUGAUCGUUUAUAUUUUUCUAUUCUGUCUGUCUGACUCGAGACAACUUGGAUGUGUGAGGCGAUGUACUGUAAAGUUGUGAUGCCUUAUCGACAAUAAAACAAGCUCUUCUUCUCUA